CGUCAGUGCGCCAUUGAAGAACUGUGGAAGGAGUAAAAUUGGUUGUGGUAAGAUAAUUGGAUAGGUGCCAGCCGUGUAAGAGUGUUAUAUAUUUAUUUCAAUUUGAUAGAUCUGCUGUAUGCAGGAAAUGAGGCUUAAAUUUGGAGACCACAGGAACGACUGGAAGUGUUGUUUCUUCUGCCAUGUGAGGACUGGAACAAUAUUUCUAGGAAUAUGGCAUCUUAUGAUCCAUGUACUAGCACUUUCAGUAAUAGCGGUGGUCCUUCGUCACCCUGAAAUGGUGGAAGACUCGAUGGAUCCUGUGUUGCCAACACCUCUGAGUGAAGUUGAGGAACCAGUUGUGGAGAUCAUAAGUCCAAAUCUUGGUCCCAGUAUUGAGCUAAGUCUAAAGCCUGAAGAGCCAGAUGACACUAGGAUACAGUCAAGUUUAUCCACAGCCCAUGGUUAUCAUGACAUCUUUACCCACCGCAGUCUGAAUCACCAGGACCUGAAUGUCGGUGCGGUUGUGACAUUCUGCACAUUUGCCAUAACCCUUCUUAUGGUGUAUGGAGCUGUGAAAGGCAAACCAUCUUAUCUGAUGCCAUUUUUCUGUCUCCAAGUCUUUGACUUCUGUAUCGCUAGCCUGACAGCAGUGGGGUAUCUAUGUUAUUUGCCAGACAUCCAUCGUUUGGUUGCGGUCAGUCGUCACAUACCUUUCCAGGAAGAACUGUUGCGCAUGAACCCCCAGUGUCUUUCGCUUCUUGUUCUGUUUACAUUUGUGGCAGCAAUGAUGGUUAAAGCCUACUUUAUUUGUGUGGUGUGGAGUUGCUACAAGUACCUGAGUCUUCGCCUGGUAGCAGCUCAGAGAACCAUUCAUUACAUCGACCCAGACAGCCAGUCCUUGCUUCCAGACCUGCCUGAUUAUGAAACUGCUGUUGGUGAUCCACGUUUUUCUUUUAAAAAGUUUCCAACUCCCCCUCCAUCAUAUGCAAGUGCUACUGCAGCAGCUGCGGAAGUUUCUCAGGAACCUAUAGCUGUUAUUCACCCAUCCCAACCCCAUCCUCAUAUCGAGCCCCAACCUCAACCCCAACCCCAACCCCAGGUAGCCAUUCAAGCUUCUGAACGUCCUAAUGCCUAAGUUUCAAAUAGCACAACCUGUAGGGAUGCCACAUCAGAUGGAGUAGAUGUGAUAUUGUUAUUCAGUGUAUUCUCCAAAUUUUAACCACAGUUUUGCAGAUACAGUAGAUCUUUUCCCUGGUGUAUGAUUCUGAUUUGUCUAGUGAUUUUUAUUACGAAGCUUGUUGAAAUGAAAAGAGUUCGAUUAUUCUGGGUGAAGGAGUUGAUGCUGUUAGUAAUAGUCCCCAUGGGCAUUGAGAUAGGUAUCCCACUGACAUGCCAGCUGAUGACUUCCCUAUGCUAUAAUUCUCUGCGCUGCUGCUGAAGCCAUCGCAUCACCACCACUACCCUUUAGUGCUUUCUUAAGGGCGCGAAACACGUGGAAGUUGUGCACUGGUGAUGGUCCAGUGCUCUCCAUUGCAUGAAGCACUGUGUGUCCUAUGCAGUGUGAUUGAUGUGGGGACAGGUGUCAUGCAACAUUGUGACACACUUCAUGAGAAUACUGGAACACUCUGUUGAUGGCAGUGUGAAGAUAUCAAAGGAAUCCACUACAGUACUUUGGGUUGAUGGUGAUGUCAGGGUCCUUGAGCAGUCUGCUAUUUGUGUUUGGGCAGAUUCUGCACCUGGAAGUCUGGCAUUUAACAGUAUUACACUGUUCACAUUUGCACUAAUAUGCCUCUGCUAUUGCACAACUCAUGGAUAAUUUCUGGUGUGUCAUGCAGACAGCCAUGUGAUUGACUAAGACUACGUAUAUUCACUAGCAGCACCAUGAACGGGCUUUAUUUGAACAACCCUCGUAUAUUAGUAUCUCAAGUUUGGUUACUCAUGUCAGUGAAGAAAAGCUCAUAUGUAUAAUGGAGUAUGGAUUUACCCAGAAUGCACAAACAGACUGUCACAUAGGACUCAAGAAAUGUCCUCCAUUACAGUAAUGGGUAUGAAAAUGACAGUAAUCAAUCUUAUAGCAAAAUAACUGAAAAUUACUUGAAUUGAAGUAAUUCAGACUGAAUCAAACAUUCAGCUUUUUGGUUUUCUUGAUUUUCCAUAUACUGUAAUGAGUUUGCAGGUAUUUAAUGUUACUAAUGGUACAAUGAAUUGGCUUUAAUUUGUGAAACUUGCACCGAUGUAUGUAGAAUAUCUUAUUGGAAAUUUCCUAUAGAGCUUUCUUCCUUAAUCUUGUAAUGAUCUCAGGCCUAUCAGCUUAUAAAUGAGUAAAUCCUUUAUCUUUAUAUGUAUGAAGAGGCCAUUGGAUUGCAUAGCAAGGUGUAACCAGGCAUGAAAGAAAAUCACAACACAUAUAGAAUGUAUAAUUACAUAUCUGUAUAUUGAAAUAUUGAAUCUUGGUGUAAUUAACAUCUUUUGAAAGCUGUGCUACUUACCAGUCAUGGCAAAUAUAUAUUAUCACAUUGCUGCACAUUUCUAGAAAGUCUGAUAUAGUGUCACUGUUUUAAGUUCUUUGAUGUACCAUAUCAUUAAGCCAUUGCCUUUGGGAUCUCUCACAUUUGUAUUUUCAAUUGUGGCCAUUGCUUUUAAAAUAAGUUGCAACCAGUUGCUGAAUUUUGAUUGUGAAUAUUGUGAAUAAUAAUAAACUCUAUAAAGGGAUUGCUUUGAGUUGAAAUGGCAUUGCAAGUUUGUCAUCUGGGGCAUGUUUAUGGUAAAUUUAUGCAUCAGCUUAUUUUAUUUCUUGAAGUGACCAAAGUUGAAAUGAAACAGCAUGCUUUAUCCAGAUUAGAUAUCUAAAUUAAAAAUGUAUUUGUUAUGUCAUAUUUUGUGAAUAUGAAGACAUGAAUAUUUUGUGCAAAAUGGAUGGAUGUGUUGAGUCUGCAUGCCUAUCUGAAACAGUAGUGAGGAACUACCUCAUCACAGAUAUUUAAGUAUGUGGAACAAAUUACUAGAAACAGUUGGCUCUAAUCCAGUAACAGGAAAAUCUGUUAGCUGGAGAGAUUGUUCCACACUGCGGUGGAAAGGGGCACUUGAUUACUGCAUGACAGGUAUUUUACUUUACGUGCAGUUUCUGAAGGGUGUUUAGUAGAAGUUUUGGAUGGUUAUAACUGAUUGUUUUAAAGAAAAUUUAUGUUUUGUAAACAAAUAGAAAUUGUUCCCAGCAAGUCUUUAGUAGCAUCUCAGUUCAGAAAUUAUCAGCAUGGGUCCCAAAAUAUUAGGGGUAUAAAUACUGAAUUUGAUUGAGUUAUAAAAUAUGUCUGAUCAGGUAUCAAUAAUGCUGUUUCACUUAACAUAUUCAAAUAUUAUUUUAUCAAAACAGUAUUCAUGGCUGCAAAGAAGCACAUAAUUUGUGUUUAUAUGAAACCAUUGUGUUAUAUUAAGUGUAUGUGAAUGUUAGUAACAUGGGGUUUUCAUGAAUUAAACUGUCCAUCCAUUCAACUUAAGAGAGACAAUUUAGAUUACAGUAGUAAACUUGAUUGCUUCAUCAGCCUUAGUAUUAAAUAUAGUGAGAUCCUUUUCACACUCAUUUUUCAGGUUUUAUUUGAGCCUAACUUGGACUCUGUUGACAGUUCAUAGAGUUUAAAGAGAGUAAAAUAGGAAGGAAGUCUUAUUCGUUUGCAGUUACUUUAUAAUUUCUGUAUACAAUAGAAAUUGUUGAUCUUUCAGUGUGUCACCUGGGAGGAGGCAGUGGAUGUCAGGAGUAGAAUUCAGGGAAUAUGCCUUAAAUGUAUUGUGGUACUUUGAACUUAAAGUCUGUGUUUGGCUGACCCUGCCAUAUCUUAGUGAUAAAAUAAAAUUUGUAAUUUUUAUGAGUUUGUGUGAUCAUAACUUUAUAUGCCUUGUAAUUAGUUUGAAGCAUCAUGGUGACACAUGCUCUCGUCUGGUCACUGCAUUUACUACUUAUGUGGAUUUUAGUGAAAUGUGUUAACUGAUAUGAAGCACUUAAAAAUGUUGUCUAUGAUAAUCAUUAUCUAUUGCACUUGCUCUUCAGUCAUGCACUACACACAUUUUAAUAAUGUUAAAAAAACUGAAAAUGACGAUUGUAGUUGGGUGAAAAGUAACUUCUUUUUAUGAAACUAUUGGAGGGAGGAGGUUUUCUACACAGUUCAGAAACUGAAGUUUGUAUAUCAUAUUUUGUUUUCUGUAGCUCUAAGUUCCUGUACUUGAUGACGUCUGUAAUGUGUGAAACUCUUCUUUCUUUUCUCAGUAUUAAUAAAUAUGUAUUUGGGUAGAAA